AUGGCAGCAAACGUUCCGGAAAAAGAUUCUGUUCUGAAAAAACGCAUCCUGCCGCGGGGCUUACAGAAGCUUAUUGAACAAUGUUUAAAGAUCUACCCCGAUCAAACGAAUCCUCUGCAGGUGACGACCGUGCUGAAAUACUGGCUCGGUGGUCUAGAUCCGUUGGAUUACAUUAGCAUGUAUCAUAAUGCGGGCGACCCGGAGCAAAAUAUCCCGCCGCACUGGCACUAUGUCAGUUUUGGACUGUCCGAUCUUCAUGGAGAUGGUCGGGUGCAUCUUGCGGACACUUCGGGCGGUCUUGAACCACGUUCCGGGAUGGGAUUUGAGCUAACCUUUCGAUUGAUAAAAACUCCGGACGCCUCGGCCAACGAACGACCUCCAACAUGGCCCGCGAACUUACUGCAAUCGUUGGCCAAAUACGUAUUUCAAUCAGGCAAUCGGCUCUGCACUGGUGAUAACAUCCCCUGGCGACGUUCGCUCGAUGGUAGUAAAGAUACUAACACCGCCAUUCAGCAUAUGCUGAUAGCGGAGGAUCCACAGCUUCCCCGUACGGAAACACCGUUCGGUUGGGUGGACUUUCUGCAGAUCGUGGGUGUGACGAGCGAGGAGCUAGAACAGGCUUCACGCUGGAACGGUAAGGGUAUGCUUAAUCUGCUGACGAAGGAUCCAGCAACGGGCGGUCAAUGGUUGAUUACGAAUAUGGCCAGAUCGAGCAGUGUGUUCGAGCAGUUUCCGGAAACACUUCGACAGCUCGAACUGGACCUGGAGAAGGAAGGAUCCGAUCUAGCCGGUGUGAAUGCCGAUUUCACCUUCAAGGAGCUGGCAAAGGGUACCCUUGCCGCAGCCAUAAAGAAAGAGGUGCUCGAUCCGGAGGAAGACCUGUCCCGUUCCAUCUCCUGCUGCAACAUCGCGGUAAAGCAGGAAUCAAAUGAAGACGCACUGGAACGGUCGACCGGCUCUACCACGUCGGAUAUGGUAAACCCAUUCGACAAUCCAAACAUUCCGUCACGCGUCUUUCCGCUGACCGGUAUCGAGCUGACGCUGGCACCGUACGCCGCCAAGUUCCUCAUGCUUGCCGUGCGUGAUCGCAUUAGGCACGGACGACACUUUACGUUCAAAGCGCAGCAUAUGGCUGUCACGUUCGUCGCCGAAUCGGUGACCGGGUCGAUUGUUAAUCGCCAAACGCCAUACGCCGUACUGGGCAGCUGGGUCCAGAUACUCAUCCCGAAUCGUUUGAUACCGCGCAUGGUGGACAGUUUUGGUGAGUUAAGCACGCGAAGUGCAGACAGUCUUAAGAUUCCGCUCACGUACGAAUGGCCGGAACAGAAUCUUAAGUUCAUUAUUGACAAUCCGCCCCCGGAACUGCUCAACCAGCAAGGACCGAUACUGGCGUGA